AUGUCAGUUUAUACUUGUAACUCUUGUGGUCUAGGUUUUAGUUUAAGUGAGGACCAGAGGUCUCAUAUGAAAUCAGGCUGGCACCGUUAUAACCUGAAGAGAAGAGUUGCAAAUCUUCCAUCGAUCGAUGAAGCAACGUUUAACAACAAGGUUGCUACUUUGAAACCUGCAGAGGAUAAGGAUGUUUCAAAACGUGAAUUGAGACGUAGAGAAAAGGAAGCGUUGUUGGAGAAGAAGAAGAGGAUUCUCGAACUGGCAAGAGAGAACAUGCUUAAAAGCAUGCACAAUGAUAAUAUUUCGCCGGGAGAUGUAACUCCUACCCAGGAAGCUGAAUCCAUCAGAAGUGAAUUACUUUCGACUAAUGGUGUGGAGGGUGAAUCAACAAAUUUGGGGGGGCCAGCGGUUGAACAUAAUGAAAUAUCUGCAGAAGAGGAACAUGAAUUGUUGAUGGCUGCGAAGUUGAAAAAUAAGGUUGAUAUUCCAUUAGAGACAUGUUUAUUCUGUUCCAAGCGUUCUUUUAAAACUUUCGAACAGAAUUUAGGUCAUAUGUUUAAGAGUCAUGGUUUUUAUAUUCCUGAGGAGAAAUAUUUGGUGGAUAAAGAGGGUAUGGUAAAAUAUUUAUCUGAGAAAAUAGGCAUUGGAAAUCUUUGUUUAUGUUGUUCUUACCAGGGUAGAUCUUUGGAGGCUGUAAGAGCACAUAUGUUAGCUAAAUCGCAUUGUCGUGUACCGUAUGAAUCUGAGGAUGAGCAGCUGGAAAUCUCUGAAUUUUAUGAUUUUACAAGCAGUUACGCUGCUUUGGAUACUGCUACCAACUCUGACGAAAAUGAGUGGGAAGACAUCGAAGAAGAAGGCCUUGCUUCCGAAGAUGAUGACGAAGUAUUACAACAGGAAGUUUUAUAUCAUGAUGGCGCUGAGUUACACCUACCGACCGGAAUGAAGGUAGGGCAUAGAUCCUUACAAAGGUACUACAGACAAAACUUAAAACCUGAGCGCCAGUUAUCCGAGGGUCAGGGCACAGUAAUUGCUGCUGAUACUAGGCAUUUGGCGACACUUGCCGAUAGGAAACAACUGGCAAUGCAGAAGAGGACCUGGAAAACCCUAGUGAAAGACAAACGGAGGGACGACAAGAGAGCUGCAAAGUUUUUAAAUAACCAGCCCUAUUAUAGAGAUCAGUUACUGCAGUGA